AUGCCCAUUGUUUUGGUGCGCCCAACCAAUCGGACUCGCCGCCUGGAUUCUACCGGAGCCGGCAUGGGCCCUUCCUCGCACCAGCAGCAGGAGUCCCCGCUCCCGACCAUAACGCAUUGCGCAGGGUGCACCACCGCCUGGUCUCCCUGCAGCUUUAACAGCUCUGACAUGGAAACCCCAUUGCAGUUCCAGCGCGGCUUCUUCCCAGAGCAGCCGCCACCACCGCCGCGCUCCUCACACCUGCAUUGCCAGCAGCAGCAACAGAGCCAGGAUAAGCCGUGCGCGCCCUUCGCGCCGCUCCCGCACCCUCACCACCACCCGCACCUCGCGCACCAGCAGCCGGGCAGCGGUGGCAGCAGCCCAUGCCUCCGGUGCAACAGCUGCGCCUCCUCCGGUGCCCCGGCGGCGGGGGCGGGGGCGGGGGAUAACCUGUCCCUGCUGCUCCGCACCUCAUCGCCCGGCGGCGCCUUCCGGACCCGCACCUCCUCGCCACUGUCGGGCUCUUCGUGCUGUUGCUGCUGCUCGUCGCGCCGGGGCAGCCAGCUCAAUGUGAGCGAGCUGACGCCGUCCAGCCAUGCCAGUGCGCUCCGGCAGCAGUACGCGCAGCAGCCCGCGUCCGCCUCCCAGUACCACCAGUGCCACAGCCUGCAGCCCGCCGCCAGCCCCACAGGCAGCCUGGGCAGCCUGGGCUCCGGGCCCCCGCUCUCGCACCACCAUCACCACCCGCACCCGGCGCACCACCAGCAUCACCAACCCCAGGCGCGCCGCGAGAGCAACCCCUUCACCGAAAUAGCCAUGAGCAGCUGCAGGUACAACGGGGGCGUCAUGCGUCCGCUCAGCAACUUGAGCUCGUCCCGCCGGAACCUGCACGAGAUGGACUCCGAGGCUCAGCCCCUGCAGCCCCCCGCGUCCCUCGUAGGAGGAGGUGGUGGUGCGUCCUCCCCGUCUGCUGCGGCUGCCGCCUCAUCCUCAGCCCCGGAGAUCGUGGUGUCUAAGCCGGAGCACAACAAUUCUAACAACCUGGCGCUCUACGGAACUGGCGGCGGAGGCAGCACCGGAGGCGGCGGCGGCGGCAGCGGGCAUGGCAGCAGCAGCGGCACCAAGUCCAGCAAAAAGAAGAACCAGAACAUCGGCUACAAGCUGGGCCAUCGGCGCGCCCUGUUUGAGAAGCGCAAGCGGCUCAGCGACUACGCGCUCAUCUUCGGCAUGUUCGGCAUCGUGGUCAUGGUCAUUGAGACCGAGCUGUCGUGGGGCGCCUACGACAAGGCGUCGCUGUAUUCUUUAGCUCUGAAAUGCCUUAUCAGUCUCUCCACGAUCAUCCUGCUUGGUCUGAUCAUCGUGUACCACGCCAGGGAAAUACAGUUAUUCAUGGUGGACAAUGGAGCAGAUGACUGGAGAAUAGCCAUGACUUAUGAGCGUAUUUUCUUCAUCUGCUUGGAAAUACUGGUGUGUGCUAUCCAUCCCAUACCUGGGAAUUAUACGUUCACAUGGACAGCCCGACUUGCCUUCUCCUAUGCCCCCUCCACAACCACCGCAGAUGUGGAUAUUAUUUUAUCUAUACCAAUGUUCUUAAGACUCUAUCUGAUUGCCAGAGUCAUGCUAUUACAUAGCAAACUUUUCACCGAUGCCUCCUCUAGAAGCAUUGGGGCACUUAAUAAGAUAAACUUCAAUACGCGUUUUGUUAUGAAGACUUUAAUGACCAUCUGCCCAGGAACUGUGCUCUUGGUUUUUAGUAUCUCAUUAUGGAUAAUUGCCGCGUGGACUGUCCGAGCUUGUGAAAGGGAAGCUGAUAACCGUAGCACCAAUCUGCACUACUGUGUGCAUGAUUACCUGUGA